UGACGGCGAAUGAAAGUGUAAAAGUCGGAGGGAAUAGUAUUUUUAAUGUGAUUUUCAUGAUUUGUGCCUUUAUAUUAGAGUUAAAAUUCAAUAAGUAGGAUGGCUUUAUAUUGUGCAAUAUCUAAUGAAGUGCCCGAAGUGCCAGUGGUGUCCCCUUCGUCAGGGGCCGUGUUUGAGAAGCGUAUUAUUGAAAAAUAUAUAAUCGAAAAUGGUGUUGAUCCAAUUAGUGGAAAAGAUCUGCGAAUUGAAGAUCUUAUUGAAAUUAAGACCCCUCCAAUAGUAAAGCCUAAGCCCCCCAGUGCCACAUCUAUCCCAGCAACUCUGAAGAGCAUGCAGGAUGAGUGGGAUGCCUUAAUGUUGCACACAUUCACACAACGACAGCAGUUGCAAACAGCUAGACAGGAGCUGAGUCACGCGCUGUACCAGCACGACGCCGCGUGCCGCGUGAUCGCGCGGCUGACGAAGGAGGUGACGGCGGCGCGCGAGGCGCUGGCCACGCUGAAGCCGCAGGCGGGGCUGGCGGCGCCGGCGGCGGCGAGCGCGGCCGAGGCGGCGGCCGCGGGCGGCGCGGCGGCGGCCGGCAUGUCGGCCGACGUGGUCGCGCGCCUGCAGGAGCGCGCCACGGCGCUCACGCAGGAGCGCAAGCGGCGCGGCCGCACCGUGCCCGACGGGCUCGUGGCGCUCGACCAGAUCCGCGCCUUCCUCACGCUCGCCUCGCACCCCGGUCUCCAUUCGGCUAGCGUACCCGGCAUUCUCGCCCUGGACAUCAAUCCGUCCGACCACAGUCGACUGUUGACCGGCGGUAACGACCGCAACGCGACCGUAUUCAACAAGGACACGGAGCAGGUGGUCGCCAUUCUCAAGGGGCACACCAAGAAGGUGACGCGCGUUAUCUACCACCCGGACGAGGACACGGUCAUCACCGCCUCACCGGACCACACUAUACGCGUAUGGAAUGUGCCUACAUCUCAGACUACGGUGUUGCUGCGCUCGCACGACGGGCCGGUGACGGGUUUGUCGCUGCACCCCACGGGCGACUACGUCUUGUCCACCUCCACCGACCAGCACUGGGCCUUCUCAGACAUACGCACCGGCACACUGCUCACCAAGGUUAGCGAUGCUUCUGGCGUAAGCCUCACAACAGCACAGUUCCAUCCAGACGGUCUCAUCUUCGGAACUGGCACCGAAGACUCGCAAGUAAAGAUCUGGGAUUUAAAGGAGCAAAGCAACGUGGCCAACUUCCCCGGACACGCCGGACCCGUCACCUCGAUAUCGUUUUCAGAAAACGGUUACUACCUAGCCACGGCGGCCGAGGAUUCCUGUGUGAAGCUGUGGGACUUGAGGAAGUUGAAGAACUUCAAGACCAUCCAGUUGGAUGAGGGCUACGCUAUUAAGGAGUUGUGCUUCGACCAGAGUGGUACCUACUUAGCGAUAGCCGGUACGGAUGUGAGGGUGUACUUGUGCCGGCAGUGGCAGGAGCUGAAGGUGUUCAACGACCACACAGCAUCCGCAACUGGAGUUCGCUUCGGCAAGAAUGCUCAGUACCUCGCGUCUACGAGUAUGGACCGUACGCUCAAACUGUAUGGUAUUGAGUAAUUUUAUAUCAAGAGCUAAAUUCACUAUUUGUUUUUACACAUUUUUUUAAUAACAGAAUUAUUAUUAUAUCCUUGUCUUCACAAGUGUCACUUUAAGUCGAGGGUAUAAAAUAAAGUAGGCUAACGAUAAGUAUAAUUUUAGUAUUGUGUUAAGUUAACAAUAUCAUUUUCCCUUUAUAUAAGACUUAAAUGCGGGUGAUGUCUAUACUGUUUGUAUGAUGUGAAUGAUGUUUUGACUGUUUAUGAGAUAGAUGUUGGUGAUAACAACACACAAGAAUGUAGUUACUAUUUGAAAUAACCAAACUUGUACUACUACCGAACACUAUGUAGGACAAACAUCUAAACAUUAUAUGGAUCCUGUCAUAUUUCUGUUGCUGACCGUGACUUCAGUAAUAUGUAAUCUACUUGUGUAAUGACUCCGACUGUGUCGUGGUUGGAUGGUCAGAUGUCUAAAUGGAUGACAUGAAUGUGAUCAAGGUUGAAUGCAUUUCUUGAAUCACUCUUUAUAUAUCUAUGUAUACAUAAGGCCAUACAUACAUGUUCCAAUUGAUUUAAUGUCCAGAAUGUUAUCUCUAUAUUUUGAAAAUCUUAUUGUAAUUAGUAAAUAAAGUGAGUGACAAAAUUAUACACAUA